AUGCUCUUGUUGUGUAAGACCGUAUCGGAAGAGUGCCUGCAGUCCAUCUACAGGUCGACAACAUUCAUCUUCACCGACAUGCCGACUAUGCAGAUGUUUUUCGGGUAUUGCGAGCUUCACCCAAUCGUAAAAACCUUCCCAAAAAUAGGCACCACACCACCAGCCUUCUUCAAGUACGCUCGAAACGUGGAACUCUCGUUUGGUCCAGACUUUCCCCUGCAGCUACUGUGUGCGAAUUUCGAUCUUCCCGGAAUUCCUCGCCGCCACGAUGUCUACGAUUUCCACUGGUUGCGCCUUGACCGAUUCGAGAACCUCCAGACCUUCAACAUAUGGAUCGCUUCACGGUGUAGCUCGAACCGUACCCCUUCAAAGUACGAUGCUCUCUGUGGCAUCAAGGAAUUUGAUACAAAGAGUUUGAGAGAUCGUCUUGCGCCAUUCAGCUUGAUUGGCUCAGUCACGAUAAGCACACCCCUCAGCUCACGCAUAGCACCAGAAGAGGGUUGUGUGGAAGACGUCGCAUUGCCUGGCAUUCGACUUUACAAACGAGGGUCCGGGGAUAAAUUCCAUCCAAUCUUGGGAACGGUCAACCCAGGAGGCAUGUACGACGAUGUAAUCCACACUACAACUGAGAUGGAAAUUCGGCUUGGUUAUGACGGAACCAAUUACAUUUUGAUGAAGGAUGGCUGA